CAUUAAUCAGUUCAGUCGUAUCAAACUGAAAGGUAUAUAUAAUUUUAACUCGCUUAAACAAAUUUCAGUUUAAAAAUUAACACUGUGACAUUAAAAACCUCUAAGAAAGUUCUACUUCCCAAAGAAAAAAAUAAUAAAAAACAUUAAUUAAAUCCAAAAGUGUCAAAAAUAAAAAAAAACACUAUAAACUUAAUAUAAUUUAUUAAAAGUAAAAAAUUAUUAAAAAACACACACAAACACAUUAAAAUGAAUAAAAAUAUAUUUGUCGUUUUAAUUACACUAGCGAUAAUCGCUUUAUGUUGCCGUCCCAUGCUAUGUAAACCUUUGGAUUUAAAUAGCAAAGAAGAUAUCUACAGUGAUGAUGGAUACAAUGGAAAUUUAGAUAAAAAGACAAUAGAACAAUUACGUCAGUGUGAUAUGGAUUUGGAAACAAUGGAAUUGUGCAUGCGUUGUGCGAAAAUAACGAAAUCUACUAUAGUUUAUCCGUUGUGUUGUGCUAAUGAGGAUAAAAUUAAAGAUUGGUGUCAUGAUUAUGUAUUCUUUGGAGCAUUAUAAAGAUAAUGAAAUUAAUUUUUAAGAUUAUACAAGUCCCCAUCUCACACACACAUAUACUUUCUCAUAAACACACACACAAACACACUCCCACAUUUUAGAGAAGCUGACGAACAAAUCUUACUUUAAUUCUAAGUUAUUCAAUUGGCUGUGAUAAAAACAAAAACAAAUUAUUAUUUAAUUAAUUAAUUAAUUUUAAGGAAAUGUCUAAUAAACAUUUUAGACAAUUAGAAACACCUACCUACAUCAUGUGAACACGAUCAUUUUAUUAUUUAUAUUGAAAGAAUGCAUUUCUAUACUUAUUCAUAUUCACCUUAAUAAAAACAAAUUGUUCUUUCA